AAAUGUGUCAGUUAUCUGAAGGAGAUUUAAAGUGACAGGACGCUCUGACAGGUGGCCGCUCCGCCCAGCUGAUCCUCCUCUGAGCUGCUGGACACCUGUCCUCCCUGCACACACACACACACACACACACACACACUCUCUCUCUCUCUCUCUCUCUCUCUCUCUCUCUCUCUCUCUCUCUCUCUCUCUCUCUCUCUCUCUCUCUCUCUCUGACCUCCAGGUUAGCGGCAGCAUGUUGCUCCUGCUGGCCGUCGGCUCCGUCUUCUUCCCGGGACUCUUCUUUCUGUCCAAGCGGAGCCUGAAGCUGCUGCUGGGAUGCAGCGAGGAGGACGCCGCGGUGCUGUCCACACGCGUGGUGUCGUCCCUGCAGGCCGUCAUGGCCUCGUCCGCCGGCUGCAUCAUCGUCUCGUCCUGCAGAGACGUCCUGGAGGACACUCAUUGGUUGACUGACGCCUACAUCCUGUUCGCGACACCGUACUUUGCGUACGACGUGUACGCCAUGUUCCUGUGCCACCGCCAGCGGCUGCAGGUCAAAGGUCACAAGGAGCAGGGUGGCGCUGUGAUUGGCUACCUGCGCAGAGAGAAGCUGCUGGUGUUGCAUCACGUCUUCAUGCUCGCUUUCUGCUGCCCCGCCUCCCUGCUGUGGCGGCAGGGUAGAGGUGAUUUCUUUCAGGGCGUUCUGUUUCUUGCUGAACUCAGCACACCGAGCGUCUGUCUGGGGAAAGUCCUGAUCCAGUUAAAGAAGCAGCACACGCUGCUGCACAAAGUCAACGGAGUCCUCCUGCUGCUGCUCUUCUUCUGCUGCCGCGUCCUCCUCUUCCCCUUCCUCUACCUCGCCUACAGCAGGUACGCCUCCAUCCCGCUGCUCACUGUGCUGCUGGCGGCCCCGUGGCAGUGUAACUUGGGGGCCGCGCUGCUGUGGCCCCUGCAGCUCUACUGGUUCGCUCUGAUCUGCAGAGGAGCCCUGCGCCUCGCCACCUCACCGCCGCUGCAGCAACACCAACACUGACAGAUUAGUUGCAGGACUCAGUGAUGGAGGAAGUGAUGUCAACAAACAGCUA